AUGUUUCCCUCGAUCGAUGGCAUGAGCUCCUUUUGGAGAAGCCAGGAAGGCGAACUUGACACACAUCGAUCCACAAGCCAGCUUCCAAGCCAGUGCGACAUUGUUGUUGUUGGAGCUGGCUACUCUGGAGCGGCUACAGUCACCCAGAUUCUGUCCAAAUGCGGUGGCAAGACCCCCUCGAUCCUGGUUCUAGAGGCGCGGCAACUUUGCUCUGGGGCCACUGGACGAAAUGGAGGACAUCUCAAACCCGACUCGUACUACUCAAUAUCGCGAAUUGCUAAUGAGUACGGCAUCGAAGCUGCCACUGAGCUUGCAAAUUUCGAAUUUGCCAAUGUGGAUGCCAUCGCCAACUAUGUUCGGGAGGAAGACGUCGAUUGCGACUUUGUCCUUACCCGAGCCAUCGAUGUUCAGCUCUCGGCAUCACACCAGGAAAAGUUAAGAACUGGGUACAACUCACUGGUGGAACAAGGUGUUGAGGCAACCAAACGCACGUACUGCGCCCCGGACAAAUUUGCAGAGAGUCUCUCGGGUGUUAAAGGAGCUAAGGGCUAUUUCAGCUAUACUGCAGGGCAUCUAUGGCCAUACAAACUUAUCCACCAUAUGUUUCGGAACGCGAUCAACAAGGGAGUUAACGUCCAAACGAAUACACCGGUACAAACCGUUUCUUCGAGCCGUGAUACAAAUGGGUAUUGGACAAUAUCAACAGACCGAGAGGCAGUCAAGGCCAGACAGGUAAUCAUGACCACAAAUGCUUAUACUGCCGCUCUUCUCCCUGAGUACAAGGGCAAGAUUGUCCCUUACCGAGCUAUUUGUAGUCGGAUCAAGACGCCUGGUAAACCGCCAUUACUAAAUAACUCUUACAGCCUACGCUUUAAUGAUUGGGAUUUCGACUAUCUGAUCCCAAGGCCUGAUGGAAGUAUUAUUGUUGGCGGGGCCCGCCAGGCAUAUAUCAGGCAUCUAGGGGACUGGUACGGAAACACCAAUGACAAAGAGUUGAUCGAGAGAGCCCGACACUAUUUUGAUGGUUACAUGCAGAGGCAUUUUGCCGGCUGGGAGAACAGUGGUGCUUAUGUUGAUGAUAUUUGGACAGGCAUCAUGGGCUAUUCUUCUGAUCGGAUUCCCCGUGUUGGUCCUAUUCCUGGCCGCCCCGGAAUGUUCAUCAUGGGUGGGUUUACGGGACACGGCAUGCCCCAGGUAUUUCUCUGUGCAAAGGGACUGGCUGAUAUGGUGCUACAUAACACAAAAUUCGAGGCGACUGGUAUUCCAAGAAUCUUUGAAGAAUCAGAGAAACGGCUUUGGGAUAAGAGAGAUCGGAUUCUGGAAAUGUACAAGGAGCCGCUGGAAACGUUUGAGUCGAGGCUCUAA